AUGGCGGGCAUUUGGGAGAACAAUGGACAAGGCCAAUUCCCUCUGGAGCAGUGGUUCUAUGAAAUGCCCCCGGUCACCCGCUGGUGGACAGUAGCAACGGUAGCAACCUCGGUGCUCGUACAAUGCCACAUCGUGACGCCAUUCCAGCUCUUCUACAGCUUCCGCUCAGUCUACGUGAAAUCCCAGUAUUGGCGUCUGAUAACCACAUUCCUCUAUUUUGGGCCGCUAAACCUCGACCUACUCUUCCACGUCUUCUUCCUCCAGCGUUACUCCCGGCUUCUCGAGGAAUCAUCCGGCCGUUCGCCCGCUCACUUCGCAUGGCUCGUCUUCUAUGCCACGACCUCACUGCUCGUCAUUUCACCGUUCCUGUCAAUACCAUUCCUGGGGAGUGCGCUGUCUUCGAGCCUGGUGUAUAUCUGGGCUCGGCGCAACCCAGACACCCGAUUGAGUUUCCUGGGGUUGUUGGUCUUCACGGCUCCAUACUUGCCAUGGGUGUUGAUGGCGUUCAGUGUGGUGGUGCACCAGAUUGUGCCGAAGGAUGAGAUUCUCGGCGUUGUCGUUGGCCAUAUCUGGUACUUCUUCAAUGAUGUCUACCCACCAUUGCAUAAUGGCCACCGUCCGUUUGACCCACCGCGUUGGUGGCGCCGAUUGUUUGAGUCUGGCCCUGGCUCGGACGAGCGUGCCACUGCAGCAGCUGUCCGUUAG